ACGAUUUAGCUGUCUAAAUUUAACCUUGUUUUUCAGAUGACUUUCGAUUUCAUUCCGGAUCCAACUCCAAAAGCGAGAGGCCAUUCCAAUCCAAUAUCGUGUCUCGAGAAGUGGAUUUGUGGACUUUUUCAGGCAAACGCCAUGUGUAAGAAAGACAAGAAAAACCGUCGAUCCGCUUCCAGUCGCACGCCAACCCAUGGUGAUUCCGUACGACAGUCGGACUCCGAACGUUCGAAGAAUACCUCACACCAAGGAACGGGCAGGCGACAAAGUAGAGCUUGGUUUUGCCCAUACUGCGACAAAUCGAUCGGAAAAGGGAAGCGCAACGAUGCUCUGCGACAUCUGUUGGGUGGAAAUAAAAACAAUAAAUAUCCCUGCAUGAUAUGGCGAAAUGGAAUGCACGAUCGUCAGACCGACAGGAUUAUCUUCAUGGUCGGUUGCCGAAGAAAUAUCUCUACUAUCGCCCGUAUCAGGGCAAUGCCAUGACGAAGCUGGGAGAACGAAUAGACGGCGUGUGGGAAGAGAGCGAUAAAAAGCGUGCCAUCGGACUGCAUCCCAAAGACCUAAAAGAAAGCACGAAACUGCGGAAUAACGCUCAGCACAGGCAGAACAAACAUGCAUCAGAGGAUUCAUCGCGGAGUUCCGAGCUGCCUGUGCCACUGACGUCAGCGAAGCGCUCAACCGGUACAAAAUCGGCCGCAUCUCGUAAGCGUCGCUUUUCCAGUCCUUCGGCGGACAGAGUGGAUUCCGAAGAUCCUAAAGAAGGGAUGAAAUUACGAAAUGACAGACAGGACCGGAACAGCGCCCCUGUAUCGGAGAUCUCGUUGGAAAGUUCUGAGCUUCCUGUGCCACUAACACAGCGUUCGGCCAUUACAAAACCGGCAUUACGUAAACGUCGCUUUACCAAUUCUUCCUCGGAUAAAUUGGACGGUACCGAAAGGUCUUCGUCAGCAGCGGUGAACAGUACGCCGCGUUUACGGGAGAGAAGCAUGAGUGUACCUUUUUCACAGGACCUUUCCGAUUCGAUGAGAAAGUCGGUGAUACCCGGCGACAGGUUUCUUGUUACGGUAUACAACGCUGACGGUACAACAGCAGUUCAAGUUACCAUACGCGGUACGUCUCCACCCAAGAUCACCGUAGAGAGGAAAUCAGUGGUCACGUCAAACAUAACCGACCUGGAAACUGAAGGUGCAGGACAUCCACAUCGCUGUUUAACGGAGCCUGAAGUGGCCGGCAUAGAUUGUCGAUCAGCAUCGCCACCUCGGGAUCGCUCGCUAGAUCGUGCAGUGAGUUAUUUGAUGAGCUUGUGAAAAUGAUGGUUUCGCCGUGUGAAUGCUUUACUUGAGAAAAUGUCAUUUGAGAUUGGUAACUGUUCUAUGUAGUAGUAAUUACUUAUAAAAUUGAAUAACUGAGCUUUGUUUCGGAACCGAUAACCUAUGACGACACGUACAUAUGCAAUCUUCUGAUCUUCUGAUUUUGC